AUGCCUCAAGAUCAGCGGAAGAGGAUAAACAGGCCAACUGCGAUGUCGGGGAAGGUUGUGGCUCCGGUUACUGUCAAUACGGUGCCGGCUCACAGAGUGGAGGAUCCUAGCCCUAGCCAACACUCAGCUAAGAAGGUGAGAAAGGCUAUUGAUUUUACCGUUGCUGUGGAGGGCUUGGAUGAGAUGGGUAACAAGGUGGCAGAAACGGAUGGUGAGAAAGUCGGGGAGAAUGAGAUUCCGGCUAUCUCCAUGAUUCCUGACCCGACUCUACAAGAGGAGGGAGAAGACGGUGAAAUUUGGUGGAAUGAAGUGAUCCAAGAGGAGGAAGCGGAGAAGAAUGAGGAGGAGCUUGUGGAGCAGGUGGAGACAGGUGAUAACAAUGAUAUGCUGGUGGAUGGAAAUGACAAUGAGGCGAACCAAAUGGAUGUGGAGAGGUUUGUCGAGGUUGAGGCAAAGGAGGUGGGAAAAGGCAAACAGGAAAUGGAGAAGAAAACGGGAGUAAGGAAGAAGGUGACUAGGGCUACCUUGGGAGUUGGUGGAGGUCCACUCCGACGUCUCGUACAUGGUGCAAAAACACCAAAGAGGAAGGUCGUUGUGAAGGAGCAUCACCGUGGAGGAGAGAAGAUUGCCGGAAAGGAAAUGGAGCCGGCGGGAAACCCAUCGGAUGGGUCCGAGACUUCUAAAACUAUUGGUUAA